GUAUCGUGUAGGACAUCCUGAUAAGAUGAUAUUGUCCUAAUUGUAGCUCUGUUCUUUGAAACAAACCAGUUCUGCAAUGGAUGAAGUGGAGUCUGGCUAUGGCACGAUGCACGAAACUGGUGCUGGUAAAAUAAUCGUGAAGUCAGCCAGACGGCCGGCUGAGGACACAGUAGUCAUAGUGGACUGUACUCCAUUCUGCAAACGGCUGGGCUUGAUGUGGCCAGAGGGUCAGCAGUUAUGGUUUGUUAAGGACAUCUGCGGUGUGAUCUGUGCUGUGUUUACCUGGAUGUUAGUGGGCUACGCAGAGUUUGUGGUCCUGUUCGUCAUGUUGAUUCCUGGCACGUCAGCGGUCUACGCCACGGUCCACGGCCUACUCUUCACAUUCCUGUCCACAAUGGCCGUGUCUUCACACAUGAGAACCAUGCUCACUGACCCUGGUGCCAUACCACGUGGUAAUGCCACCAAAGAAAACAUAAUGAAGCUGGGUCUAAAGGAGGGCCAGGUGAUAUUCAAAUGUCCAAAAUGUGUGAGCAUCAAGCCAGAGAGGGCCCAUCACUGCAGUGUCUGCCGGCGAUGCAUUAGAAAAAUGGACCACCAUUGCCCAUGGGUUAAUAACUGCAUUGGCGAGAAUAAUCAAAAAUACUUUGUCUUAUUCACGAUGUACAUAUUUCUUAUCUCCGUUCAUGCCCUGUAUAUGGCUAUCUCCCACUUCAUUGGCUGUAUUGGACAGGAAUGGAGAGGUUGUGGCGGAUUUUCCCCUCCAGCAACCACAGUAUUUCUCAUCUUCCUCAUAUUUGAAGGCCUUCUCUUUGGUAUAUUUACUGUGAUUAUGUUUGGAUCUCAGAUGCAGGCAAUCUGUAGUGAUGAGACGGGUAUAGAGUCACUGAAGGAGCAUGCCACCUGGGAAAAGAAGUCUCGCUGGCUUUCUCUAAAAUCAGUCUUUGGUCAUCCCUUCAGCUUCACCUGGUUUUCACCCUUCUCAACACCGAGGAUCGGGAAGACGGAAUCAUACCUGUACACUGUGUGACAGCUGCUCACCUGUCCAGUGCCACCAUUGUAUGCUUUUGGUAGUAUGUCUUAAUUAAAUCAGAACUGCAACAAAACUUUUUACGCAAAUGAUUUUCUUGGACUAUUCGGAGUGUAGUGUAGUACAUAUGUAUAUUAGAUCAUGUCAUCAGAAGAUCAUACCAUGUCUGAAUUCAAUGAUCAUCCGUAGGCUGUCAGGGAAUGAUCUAGGUCAGUUUGAAACACAUGAUAUAUGGUUGGACAUCGAUGGUGAGUCUGCCCAAACAAGCAUUGAUGAUAACAAAUCUUUAAAACAUGUAUAUCCAAAACAAUUGGUUUGUUUCAGCUGGAAUUGUUUAUAUAUUUAACAAUAUUGUCUUAUAUUGCCCAUUGCAGGGAUUAGGAACUCCUUAUUUUUAGACCAAACAUUAGAACAUCUUGUGCAUUUGCCCAAACUUUUAUUAUAGAUGAGGCCCUGCUCAUUUUGUAUACGACAAAUUUUGACAAGCUUCUCUCUCUCUCUC